AUGUCACCCAAAUACGCCAAUAACGCUUGUAUUCGAUGCAGUAUUAAACAAAUUAAAUGCGACAAUGAAGAGAAGGUUUGCAAUAAUUGCUACAAGACAAACAAUGGUUGUCAUCGAAACAAGGCUAUAAAACAAGAAAUCAAGAAGCAACAAAAACUGAAUAGAUCAUAUAAAUGCUCUUAUAAACAAUUUGAAGCAUGUUACCAACAAAUACUACAAGCUAAAACUACUGGUGAGCAGGGAAUGUUAAAUCAAUUAUUAAAUCUUAGUAAACAAGUUGAAGUACUUCAUCAACAAACCACAAAUACUAUUCAUGAACAAAGGAUGUCAAAUCCAUUAUCAAAUUAUUAUUUUAACAAUCUUGGUUUUAAUGAUAAUAGACAAGUUGAAGCACUUCGCCAACAAAUUUCACAUACUAUCAAUGAGCAAAUAAUGACAAGUCUAUUAUUAAAUCACGAUCUUGAUUUUGGUAAUAAUAACCAAG